AUGGAUGGUUUGCAAAAUCAGUGGUGUAAUUUGCGGCUGAGUGAGGAAGAGGAUGCAUCAAUUGUGUUGGAAGAUGUAGAUGUUUCAGUGGUGAAAAGUAAGGGUGAUUUGAGUUUGAUAGGGAAAAUAUGGUGUGAUAGACAAUUGGGGAAGCAGGUGGUGGAGUCGACUAUGGCAAGAAUAUGGAGGCUUAGCAAACCUGCUGUCAUGAAGGAAGUUGGCAAGAAUGUGUUUGUGUUGAGUUUUGCAACUCACGCUGAUAAGGAAAGAAUUGAAGCAGGAAGGCCAUCGUUUUUUGAUGGUCAAUUGUUUGUAAUUAUCCCAUUUGAUGGCAUUACUCCAGUGCAGGCUUUGAAGUUUGAUGCUGCACCAUUCUGGGUGCAAUUCCACAAUCUUCCUUUAUUUGGUAUGAAUAAGGAGUAUGGGGUCAAGUUGGGCGGAUCUAUUGGCAGUGUUUUAGAAGUGGAUGUUGACCAUGAUGAGGUAGGAUGGGGUAGUUGCCUUAGAGUGAAGAUUAUGAUUGAUCUAAAAAAAUCAUUGGCUCGAGGAAGGACUUGCACAGUGCAAGGUACUAAAGUGUGGUGUCCUAUUCAGUAUGAGAAGCUUCCUAGAUUUUGUUUCACUUGUGGUCGAAUCAUACAUGAAAAUUCCACUUGUCAACUGGAACCUAAAGCAACUCCUCAGUUUGGUGCUUGGCUACAGGCAGAGUCCAGUUUCAAGAGGAAAUGGGAGUCAUUGCAGGAGCAUAACAUCAAAGGGGGAGCCAUGAACAAUCGGGUGAUGCAGGAGUAG